AUGUGCCAAUGGGAUAGUAACGUCUUUGCAAGGCAAUUAAAAAGUAUCAUUAAUAACAAUAAUCCUCAAUCAGAAGAUAAAUUAAACACCGAACAAUUAUCUGGAGUUGUUUAUGAUAUUAAAUGUAAUGACUGUCAUGGAGAGUAUCCUGGUAAAACUAUUAGGCAAAUGAGUCGUAGAACAAACGAACAUGAGAAAGAUGUGGAUAAAGCUAUGAUAUUCCUCACUAGGGAUUUAUAUCAGAAUAAAAAUAAACGAAAUGCAAAAAAGCAAAUAAUUAAACCACAAAGUCAAGUUAAUUUGCGACGUAGUGAUCGUGUUGCUAAGAGGAACGUAUCAUCAGUUGUUUCAACACAGCUUCCGCCAGUACAAGAAGAGUUUAAACCAAAAUCAGCUCUAGGAAAACACGUAAUAAAAGCAGGACAUUCAAUCGGUUUCAAGAAUAUUUCGAUUGUAGAACGAGACAAUAAUCGUUAUCGGUUGUUAGUUAAAGAAUCUCUUGCUAUCAGAUCAAAAGGUCCUAUCUUUAAUGGUACUGAUAGAUCAGUUUCACUUCACGUCUUUCCAGAAGGUCAUUUCAGUACAAAUGUGAAGGGAAGGAAAAAGAAAAAGAAAAAACAGUAACGUUCACGAACAGUUUUCUUGUUUUUCUUUCUGUUUCUUCAGAGACUAUAUAUAUAUAUAUAAGUGUGUUAGACAGUUCACUCUAUAGGUACAUUUUAUAACUUGUUAUAUUUUCUGAUGAUGAAUAAAGUUUAUUCGAAAGCUUAAUAAGUUUAUAAAUAUGAAUAGUUCAGCUGCAAUCAUACGUGAUUCAUUGAUUAAUAAAGUCCUGCCAAUGAAUUUCUUCACUCGGUUUGAAUAAUUGUACCUAAAAAGAAAAGAACAACGAUGAUCGUCGCCUGCCCAAAUAAGAAAAAUACCGUUACUUAUAGCUACUUUAUAACCAUAAACGGUUAUCAUACACUGACGAUUAGUAAACUAACUUGGUACAGAGUACAAGCGCAAAACUUCUUUAAUGAAUAUAUUCUCCAUCCAUUCCAUAUUGUGAUUAAUAUCAUAAUCGAACCGGUUAUUUGUUCAAAAAUAUCAAUCAAUUUCAUCCUGUAAUUUAGCUGCUAUAUCCAGGGCUGCAAAGAACGGAGGGUACAGGAGAGUGCGCGUCCUCGAAUAAUUGAAAAAGCUGUUGUUAUUUUAUUAGUUAUUUCUCGCACAACAGCUUUUUAGCACUUUCACACUACCGCAGAGAGAAAAUUUGUUUUACACUGCUCUAUCCCAUUGGCACAUAAGUUCUGCACGUUUUUUUUCUGCUCACACAAUAAGCAACUUUAUUUUUCAAAAACAUGCCGCGUCAAUCAGCAAUAUAAUCGCCGUUGUUCUCGACAACUUCUGCCCA